AUGAGUUCUGAAGAACACUCAGAUGUGUUUUCAAGUACAAGUAGUGACAAUGAGGAUCCUUUCGAAGGAUUUACUGUUAGAGAUCAAAGAUGUUUUCUCAAAGAAGSGGAGCGUGCAGCUUUAUUCAGCUCAGUCUUAAGAAAGAAAACUUUACACCAGUCUUCGGAACAUGAGCGACAAUCUCAAGAAGAAUAUUUCAUGCUAAGACAAACCRAGAAUUCAAAUGUUGCAGCAGAAAUUGAAUCCGAAAUUGAAGGGGAAGAUACAGAUUUGGAAUCAUGGGAUUGUCCAACAUCAUAUGUCGCAGAUACGAAAAACUUAGAGUGUAUUGAGAGUGAAUCYGAGCUGGAAGGGGAGGACGACAGCUCCAUGUUUGAGUACUCUGAUACCCAUGGAACAGCUAAUGAAGAAAAAAAAAACUCUUCGAUUAUCGAGGGGGAACUUUCAUCGUGUUCUGAUAUUCAUAUGCAUACCCAGGAUGAGACACCGAAUUCUAGUUCUUCUCAGUCUGACAACAAUGCGCCUGCAACUGAAUCUGAAACUGGAACUUAUCUACAAGAUAUGAAAGUUAGUGACCAGGAGUUCAAGCUUCUUAAAAAAGCAAGAGCUAAGCGCAGAAGCAGUAUCCAGGAUCCAAAGCACAUGACAGAAGAACGAUGCUGCCCUGAAAAUUGCAUGAAAAAAAUUGAUAAAAUCCAAACUGUCAAGGCGCRUGAAAACUUUAGAARGAAAUGUCCAAGUUAUCGCCACCAAAGAGAAUUUAUACUGGAUUGGUUUGAAUGUAACCAACCUUCUAUAGGAKAAUUUGCGUACUCUGUGUCAGGUAUAUCUACCUGCUAUACAGCAUGGAUAAAGGUUCUUGGCAUKCCCCGGUCAACAUUUUUCAACUGGAAGCGCGACUUUUGCAACGGAAGAACCAAYGCAGAACAUGGAGCRUCGCUGACGCUAAAACCUUGCGAAGUCUCUGAAGCAGCUAUUUACUUUUUGCAAAAGUACUUCCAAGAGAACUGUGAUUACUUGCCAACGGGUGAUAUAUGGCAUCUACCUUCUAGCUCCAGUAAGUCAGACAUCUUUCAAGAAAUGCAAGAAACUCUUCGAUCUCAAGGUCAACGUUGUUGUUCCAUGACAUAUUUCUUAAAGAUUUGGAAUCAGAAUUUCCCACAAGUCAAAAUUCCCAAGGCAGAUCGCUUCAGCAAGUGCGAUACGUGUUGCAACAAAACACGAGAUCUCAGGAACUUGAGAGACUACGACAGACCUGCAAUCUAUCAAAGAAGAAUGGACCACAGACUGUUUGUACGGCGUGAAAGAAAUGGCUAUCAAAACAGAGCAGCUCUAGCGCACAGAUCACCUCAAGAAUACUUUUCAGUGGCCAUUGAUGGAAUGGAUCAGAACAAGACGGAACUUCCAUUUUCAAAAURUCUCUUUAAAACCUUGGAUAAUGCGUGGAAACUGAAGGUUCACGUKGUAGGCUCUAUGGUUCAUGGUAGACAUCCGUUAUGCUUCUUAGACUAUCAUCAACACGCACAUGAUUCAAAUUUGACCUGUAACAUCCUACUCCAGACAUUCUGGAUACACAGAGAUUAUUUACCAAAGAAGGUGUUUAUUCAGCUUGAUAAUACGUACAAGGAGAAUAAGAACCAAUAUGUCAUUGGGCUUAUAGCGUACCUUAUAGAGAAAUCGGUUUUCGACGAGGUCGAAAUUGCAUUCCUUCCUAAAGGUCAUACCCACGUUGAUGUGGAUCAGCUCUUUUCUCGCCUCUCGGUUGCUAUUGGUAAAUCGGGAUGCUUGACGUUUCAAGAUCUUUUGAAGCUGCUAAGAAAUUGCUAUAAGCAGAACCAGGGAGACAUGACCCAAGAAGGAGCAAGAAUACAGUAUGCCCAGAUCGACCAGAUCUUUGCAAUAAGAGAAUGGAUCAAGCCCCACAUGAUGCCAUUACAUUCACUGAGAGAAUACCAUCACUACAAGUUUACAAGAAACGUGCAGGGAAAGUGUGAAUUCGACUUCAAGCCAUGGUGUGCUGGUGAUUUCGAUAGAAGGAAAUGGAAGGAAWUGAUUAUUCUCAACAGUUUGCCAGAACGCUGCCCAGAACUUGUUGYGCCUGCGUAUGCGGCAGUGGAUCUCAGCCGAAUUCGAUCCAUGGUCGAUAGGUGUGUCGAAAAUGGGGUAAUGAAUCAAGAGMCAGAGGGAACACAGUGGAAUGAAUUCCUUGCUUCCGAAGAAGAAAAACAAAAAGCCGUAGAAGGUGUAGAACAGACGGUAUACAGUAGGGAAAACGGUAACCCUUCAAAGGUACACAAGCCAAGCCUGAGCUACCUGGCAUGCAGCGAAGGAAGGUGGGUUAUUCAAGACUUAGAGGCACGCACCCCUCCUAACAUUGCCGAGMCCCCUCGUCUGAGUGACGUUCUGAAGAGGAGUGAACGCCUUGAGCGUGGCGAGGGCUUGCUUCCU